UUUUAGCUCAUAGAGAGGCAUCAUGAUUAUUUCUAGUCUGUUUAAUAACCAGUUAAAAACUCCUUACUGAAGCUUUAAAAUAAUACUCACCAUAUUCCAUUAUGUAAUUAACACUUCUGGGAAACCUUGAGGAUAUAAAUACAUUGAUUAAAAAAAAGCUGACAACUUCAUUUGCAAUAUAUGAACACAUCAAUUCAAGUCAACCAAACAAAAGAGACUGCUUCAUAUCCACUCCUCGUGCAGGAAUGUCAUUGAGCAGGUUGAAGAAUGCGUGUGUUUCUCGUUGGAAGUGAAAUGAGGAAGCAAGACGGGAAUAUGUGUUUGUGUACUCCAGAUAUGGCACAUGAGGAGAUCCUUUGAGCUUACAAGGGGCUGAGACAGUCCACCGUGGCCCUUUAGAGGGAAUGACACCAUCAGCAGUCCACUGAAUGUGACACAGAGGUGUCAGCUGAGGUGAAACUGUGCAGACCGGGUCGGUGAUGGAGGAGAUCGGGCAGAGAGAAUUGCAUUUAAACCACACAACUGCUCACAUUUCACCCCCGGAUGCAAAACCUGGAUUUCCUGGGUACUAUGUACUCAUCCCCUUUCUGCUACUCACGCUGACUGGAUGUGUGGUGGCAAUGGUUGUUUAUAUCAGAAGGAAAACUAGAUUAGAUGAGCUGCGUCACAGGCUGAUUCCUCUGUACAGCUACGACCCUGCGGAGGAGGAACAAGAUGAGUGGGGGUAUGAGGGCAAGGAUGAGAAUGAUGAGGAGCUAGCUGAACCUUUGUACAAAGGAGCAAUGCUUUAUCUGUCACCUGACUACAGGACAUGAACAGAAAACGGAGACGGCUGAAAGUUGUACUCAUGUAGAGGAAAAUAUCCUCCUUUAUAUUUGGUGUACAAAGGAAAACAGUGCAAAAGUAUUGUCCUCUGUAUAAAACAACAUGGGGUGACAUUCAUCUACUUCUAGCAUGACAUCAAAUCUUUUAAUGUCCUAUGACAUGAUCUACAUU